CCUUGUCGGAUUUCGGCGCGGGCGGGCCCUCGCGGGGCGGAGCUGGCUCGGGCGGGCGCCUUUGGGAACUUUUGUUUGGCAGCGUUUGGAGCUCCUGAAAAAACCAACAACGACACUUACUGCUGACCCACUACAGAUAGAUCUUCCCUUUCUUUUAAAGCUGGGACGGAUUGGAGGAGAAAGUUGUGUCGGGAGAAGUGGGGAAAAAAAUUCCGUGAGUGAAUUGACGGGCGCCUGGAAGUAAAAGUAUUGCGGCCGGGCGCGAGAAGAGAAGGAAUUAAAAAAAAUCUUCAGUUUCUGCGGCCGGGCUACAUAGAGUCGCAUUAUAGAGGCGGAGUUCGGCGCGGGCGGGCUAGUUUGCGAAGUUUUUUUUUUUCUUUUUGAGCUGGGCUGAAGGAGAAGAAAGGGAAGAAGGAGAGUCCCGGGGGAUGAACGGCGGCCAGGCUUGAGAGAAGCAGCCGAGGAGGAGAGGAGCAGCCCCGGUUGCCCGCCAUGGAGGCCUCCACCACAGGGCAGACCCCUCCACAAGCCUCGGCCCCGGAGAGCGGCGGCUCCGGGCAGCCACAGCAGCAGGCGCCUCCGCCUCCGCCGCCUCCUCCGGCGGGACACCAGAUCGUCCACGUCCGGGGGGACUCGGAGACCGACCUGGAGGCCCUCUUCAACGCCGUCAUGAACCCCAAGGGCGCCAACGUGCCCCACACGCUGCCCAUGAGGCUCAGGAAGCUGCCGGACUCUUUCUUCAAGCCGCCAGAGCCCAAGGCCCACUCCAGACAGGCCAGCACAGAUGCAGGAACAGCAGGAGCCUUGACUCCCCAGCACAUCCGUGCUCACUCUUCUCCAGCCUCGCUGCAGUUGGGAACGGUUUCUCCAGGAGCACUGACCCCUUCCAGUGUAGUUCCUGGAGGCGCACCUUCUCAACACCUCCGCCAAUCAUCUUUUGAAAUACCUGAUGACGUGCCCUUACCACCUGGUUGGGAGAUGGCAAAGACACCUUCUGGCCAGAGAUAUUUUCUGAAUCACAUUGAUCAGACAACAACAUGGCAGGAUCCAAGGAAGGCCCUCCUUUCCCAGAUGAAUGCUACAGCUCCCACAAGUCCUCCGGUGCAACAGAAUAUCAUGAAUUCAGCAACUGGCCCGCUCCCUGAUGGAUGGGAACAAGCCAUGACCCAGGAUGGAGAAAUUUACUACAUAAACCAUAAGAACAAGACUACAUCUUGGCUAGAUCCAAGGCUUGACCCACGCUUUGCUAUGAGCCAGAGAAUCAGCCAAAGCACUCCGGUGAAACCCCCUCCGCUGGCCCCCCAAAGUCCGCCUGGCGGGGUGCUGGGAGGAGGCAACUCCAGUCAACAGCAGCAGAUGAGGCUGCAGCAGCUGCAGAUGGAAAAAGAAAGGUUGCGACUGAAGCAUCAAGAGUUGCUUCGGCAGGUGAGGCCGCAGGCAUUGCGGAAUAUCAAUCCCAGCACAGCAAAUUCUCCAAAACGUCAGGAAUUGGCUCUCCGUAGUCAGCUUCCCAGUAUGGAUCAAGAUGGCUCUCAGAAUCCAGUAUCCUCUCCUGGGAUGUCUCAAGAACUGAGAACAAUGACCACAAAUAGUUCAGAUCCUUUUCUUAACAGUGGAACUUACCAUUCGAGAGAUGAGAGUACAGACAGUGGCCUCAGCAUGAGCAGUUACAGUGUCCCCCGAACUCCAGACGACUUCCUCAACAGUGUGGAAGAAAUGGAUACAGGUGACACUAUCAACCAAAGCAACAUCCCUUCUCAUCAGAACCGUUUUCCAGACUACCUUGAAGCCAUUCCAGGGACUAACGUGGACCUUGGAACGCUGGAAGGAGAUGCAAUGAAUAUAGAAGGAGAGGAACUCAUGCCAAGUCUACAAGAAGCUUUGAGCUCUGAUAUCCUUAAUGAUAUGGAGUCCGUAUUGGCAGCCACCAAGCUAGAUAAAGAAAGCUUUCUUACCUGGUUAUAGGGGCCUCAGGGAGAUGGAGUUUUGGAAGUCUUUGAAGGAUCUGAGGAGAUAAGACACGUACCUGAUGUUCAGAACAAGUCUGUGCGGCAAGGGCUUCUUGGCUUAAGAUCAUAGAGGAAACACGUAAAUGAACAAAAUACUCCAGAUUCUUUUCAUCCCAUGUUUUUGUUCUUCCUUGUCCAAUCGCUGCUGUUAUACUGCUGACCUCUUUGACAUUUGACUCUGACAAAUUAGAUUAUUUGUUUUAGUAUCUUGUUUUGUUUUGUUUCGGCUGUUGCAACUACUGUUCACCAUAGUGGUAGUGGAGCAGGGGAGGAUGUGGUAGUGGGGAGAAAGAAAGUGGAAGGAGGGAGAGACCAGCCCCAUUCUGGGAUGAUGACUGCCAUUCCUUUUGUCUUGCUAGCUGUUUGCAUUUUGUUUUAUCUAAUAAUACGAACCUUGCAUGUCCCCACCCUUUGUUGACUCUGCUUGUUGUUUGCUGUGCUGCCUGUGGCAAGCGGCAAAAGUGACUUACUGGUCCAGCAAGCCGAAAAUGAUGUAUCUGAUGUAACAUAAGUCAAUACUGAUUUGGAGAUAAGAAUUAGAAGAAGUCUGAAAACUUUUUUUUUUUUGCUGUUGGGCCCAAUUCACCAAAAAGGCAUGACAGCAAUUGUGUUGGAUUAUGCCCACUGUCAGCUAUUUACUACUUUUCUCAGUUAGCUUUUUCACAUUUUAUAACACUAUUAAGAAGUCAUUUUACACACCAACUCUAAGAACCUUCAUCAAUGCCUCUUCUGCUUAUAUUUCUCUUUGCAAAGUUUAGACUUUUUUAAUUUUAGUAGUAGAAUAGGACAAAGUGUUAUUGGUUUUGUGUGUUUUGUUUUGUAUUUUUACAUAGUGAAAUCUAAAAUUUCCUGACUUCACCUAGUCUUAUUUAAGUCUGAAAUGGUUGACUUUUUAUAUACCUAACUAGCAUAGCCAACAAAUAUCUAUAGUUCUUGUGUUUUGCUUGUAACUUCUUAAAAGAUAGCUUUGAAUGUAUUCAUUAAAUCUGCCUCCCAUGACCUGGUACUCUCCAGAUUUAUUGAGCUACAACUCCCACAGUCCCAGUGGGAUUGUGGAAGCUGUAGUCCAACAAGGUGCCAAGUUGGGGAGAACAUUAGUACAUUAGACUAAAGAAUUGGCGGCUUAUCUUUUACACUACCGUGCCAGAAUUUGAAGCAAAUAUUCUGUUAGGUCAAAAUUUGAAAGUUGUUAAUGCUUCCUAUUCAUAAAUACACUUAUUUGAAAGUUGAUCCCACUUUAUUUAAGAGGAACUGUAUUAAUCUAUGUGUUUUAUAGGAUUACCAAUUAGCCUUAUAUUAAAUGUAGCAAAUGAUACAUGACAUCUCUUCAUCAAGGGACAGCCCUUUCCACAUUGAGAUGAAAUUGGUGGCUUGAGAUUGUGAAGUCCCCAAUGGAUGAAAAUGGAUGCUUUCUUGUAGUUUGUUAGAUGGCAUCAUCUGCACUGUCAUCGGAGUUUACAAUCAAAACAAUGCGAACACUAAAAUUAAGAUGCAUCAGAAGCAUACUGACAAGUUAAGCCAUGGUGCCCAUAGAAGACUGUAAAGAUAUGUGUUUAGAUGGUGACACGAGCAUGUAGUAGCGUAUUUUAGUUAUAGACAUUAGCACUGAAGUUGAGGGAAUGAUGAGUACAUCUUGAGACGGUUACUCAACAGGAAAUAAGAUUGUCCUCAAAGUUGUCUGUAGGAAUUAUGAUGUUUUCCAAAGAGUAUUUUUAAGUGAACAAAGUGAGCAUGAAUCAACGUUACAACAUAAGCUAUGAAUUAUUAUUUUUUUACUUUUUAAAAAAGACAUUAGAAUUAACAAAUAUCUUGGGAGGCUGUCACAUUCCCUUUAGAGUUUUGUCCAAAUGUUCAGAGGUGGCCAUCUGGUAGCUUUUCUGGCUAUUUUUUUCAAUCUAGAACAGUGGUUCUCAACCUGUGGGUCCUCAGGUGUUUUAACCUACAAUUCCCAGAAAUCCCAGCCAGUUUACCAGCUGUUAGGAUUUCUGGGAGUUGAAGGCCAAAACAUCUGGGGACCCACAGGUUGAGAACCACUGAUCUAAGAGAUAUUGGCCAAAAUCCAGUUGUUAGUCUGGGACUCAGUAGUUCAACAUAUAUGUCAGUUCCAUUGAUACUAUUCUAGUUGGGACUAACAAAUUUGGCCAUUAAAAACUGAACUUAUUUGACCAUUGCUAGUGUAGAGAAGUGAAAUUAACAGAACUAGGACUACUUUGCUCCCCCCCCCCCGCGUCAAAUCAUGUUAACCUCCCAAGACUGUUGACAAAAGCAGAUUGCCAGAGCAGAUCAUACUGCCAUUGAGAAAAUCCUGCUGUCUUCCUAGUCUCCCCUCCCUUUUCAAAAGUAUAUUAAAAAAACAAACUGACACUAAAUAUAUGUGUAGCUAUAUGGAUGAAGAAAAGUAGGUGAUUCAAAGUUCCUGCACGUUGGUUUGCCUGUUUGUACCCAGAUACUGGAGGACCACUUGUCCCUAUUUGAGCAGUAAGUAGGAACGGUUGAAUUCCAAUCCUGGGUAUUGCAUAGAGAUGCACAGAAAUAGUUUCUGUUUGCUUUUCUUGGUCACAGCUUUAAAGUUGGAAUUUAUUUUUUAAAAAUCCUUGUUGUAAAUACACUACACAGCUUAUUCUGUAUUUGAGUAGCACUGCUGGAGAGGUACCGACAUAAACCUGGGAAUUCUUGAAUUUCUCUUAACACUAAGCCGUUUAUGCAGUACUUAGCUCGAGUUACUUUUUAAGCCUCUUCAUUUGAUGGAAAAAGUGCCUUAGAGAUGACUUGUACUGUUGGCAAAAGAAAAACAAACACACAUGAGUCUGAUUGGAAAUUUUUAUUUGAAUCUAUAACUUGACAAAAGUUGCUUAACUUUUUUUGUAUUGAAAUGCAGAAAAAGAAAGUGUUAUGGGUAGAAUUUUGUAUUGAUUGAUGUAUAUAUUUAAGCAGAUCACUGUCCUAACUUUGUAGCUUCUAGAUAUUUUUUUAAGUACUAGUGUGUUCAGAAUGCAACUGAAGCUUAUGAAUACUUGUGUAUGUCUGGCAACAUAGCUACUUUGGAAUAUGUACUGUUUCUAUAAAUUGUAUGGAUCAAAAAUUGUACCAAUCAGUGUUGGAACUCAAGCAAUGCAAGAGAUAGUAAGACAAUUUCCGAGUGAUUAACCAUUAACUUAGCUUUUGCACAUGACUUCAAUGACUAUAAUGAAUUCACUUGCAAUCAUUUGGGGGGAGGGGGAAUGUUUUUAUACAAGAGGCAGGCGUGUCUGUCUUCCUAUAAUGACACUUUUAUUCUUUAGGAUAAACAAACUGUAUUUUAAAAUGUUUUUGGGACUCUGAAACACAACCUUUUCAAAUAUAUAUAUAGCUAUGAAUAUUAUAUUUUCUUAGAUGUAAGAGCAUGCCUCUGUUAGGUACCAUAGUAAAUUCUGUUACAAUAUUUUCUUAUAUGUAAUACCUUUUUUUCAUUGCUGUUUUUGUUUUACAUGAUAUAAAUAUAUACUUUGCGCUCA